GAGAGGAGCUCACCGUCGCCGUCGCCGGAGUAGCAGAAGCGGCCGCCGCCGGGCAACGAGUAGGAGGAGGUGGAGAUAGCUGUGUGAGGGUUGAAGCUAGCUAUGGAGGCUGCGGAGGAGACGGAGGUUGCGUGCGAUUGCUGCGGGUUCACGGAGGAGUGCACGGCGCCGUACAUCGCCGGGGUGCGGGCGCGGUACGGGGGCCGCUGGAUCUGCGGCCUGUGCGGGGACGCCGUCGGGGAGGAGAUGGGCCGGGCCUCGCCGCCCAUCUCGCCGGCCGAGGCGCUCGACCGCCACGCCUUCGUCUGCGGCUCCGGCCGCCGCUCCACCGCGCCGCCGUCCCCCGCAGAGAGCGCGGACGGGCUCAUCGCCGCGGUGCGCCUCCUCCUCCGCCGCAGGCUGGGCUCCCCGCCGCCCACGCCGCCGAGGAAGGUUCGCUCCACGCCCAGCAGCCCGAGGCGCGACGUGCCGACCGCAGCCGCCGGCAUCGUCUCCGUCGAGACCGUAGUCGCCGGAGGCGGAGGCGGCGGCGCGGGUGGCUCGCUCGCGCGGACGGAGAGCUGCUUCGCCGCGCUCGUCGAGUAAAAACCACAAAAAAAUGGUAGAUUUCUAGCCUGAAAACUUUAGCUUUUGUACUGUAAAUAAAUAUUUGCUUCUACUUUUUUUCGUUUCAUUGAUUUUGCUAGCGAGAAUUUAAGAGCAAUAAUAAAAUGUGUACAUAUCAGCGCGAAGUAAUGGAAGUGA